CGGUAGUUUUCAACCCCCUUCGAUUCAUUCUCGGUAGUAUUGUACGAAAAAUGAAGAACACGUGUACAAAUCAUUUAAAAAGUCUAAAUUUAAAUUUUGAUUAUUGGUUAUUCUGUGAAUUUAAUUUUAAUCUUAAUUUUAUAUUUAUAAUAAAAAAUGAAGUGUAAGGGCGAAAAAUAGAGUUUGAGACGAUUUUCCUCGUGGUGGAAAAAUUUUAAGUAGCAGCAUGGCUAUCAUGCAAUCAUGUUGCUGUUGGCGAACCGUUCGUCGGGGGAGCUUCGCAUGUGCCAUUUACAGUGCGAUUUACUAUCUGAUAUUAAUCGGGAUCUUGGGAGAAACGGUUUACAAGGAAAGUCCUUAUCUUUCGGGAAAGCGUCCAUUGCCCGAGUCAAGCAGUUUACUGGAAGUCACCCUCUCAGAACUUUCGAUCAUGGUCAGCAUAACUUUAAUGAUCAACUCAGGCCUUGGCAUCUUCGCCUGCUGGCUGCUUGUUUACGGUUUGCUGACGGAUCGAAGACUUUUGUUAUUACCCUGGAUUCUUAUAACAUUUGUGAACAGUCUCGUCGACGUAAUGCAUUUCUUAUACACAGCUAUUUGGACUAGGCCCCCAUUCGACCCCACUGUGGCUAUGACGCUCAUGCUCGGCUUUUUCCUUUUAUGUCUGAACAUCUACUCACUCCUAUGUGUGUUUUCACAAUUUCAAGAAUAUAAUGAUGGACGUGGAAGAGCGACGGACGACAGCGAAUACAGAGUUCCUGCAAUAAGAUACACGGCGCAAGCAACUACUACGGCUACAUCCUGCCUAAGUUCCCGUCGAAUGACUGCUAAUAACGACACCAAAGGAACUGCAACAGCAACACCGACACAAAGUCCAACGACAGCACAACAAUCAUCGAUAAACAGUCCCACACACGGAAGACAGACCAGGAAACAUGUCAACUUUCCGGAUGUGCCAUCCGUUCUUCAAGUAGAGAGACCAGAUAACCAGACGGUUAAUCCGCUGGCAACGAGAUGCACUCUGGAGACAGAAGUUGGUGGAACUAGAUUGGAUCCUUCUAACCACAACUCGACUGUGCCGGGGAUUUUGGUUCCUGUUUUAAUCAUAAAUCCACCACUGGAAAAAAAAUAGAGGGUGAAAAGGAAACUGAGGGAAAUGAACUCUUGUACGUAGUAGAUUUUAUAUCAAUUUUCAAAAAAUGAUUAGAAAAGAAAAAAAACUUCUCGAUCGAAUUUGAAAAAUUGAAUGUACAUAUUGUAUAUAAUAAUCGAGGCCCAUUCACAGUUUAUAAGAUUCUGUAAAUUGCCACCUGGUAAAAUUUAUUCAAAUUUAGAUGAAAUCACGAAAUACCU